CGGCCGUCACCACCAAAAACACAAGGAUGUCAAAUAGAUCAGAAUGUACCAUUCUACAUUACGCUGAGCCAUUUCAUGCAACUCUACAACAUUUGUGUGUACGCUGUACCAUUCGACAUUACGCUGAGCCAUUUCACGCAACGCUACACUGUUUGUAUGUACGCUGUACCAUUCGACAUUACGCUGAGCCAUUUCACGCAACGCUACACCAUAUGUGUGUACGCUGUACCAUUCUACAUUAGGCUGAGCUAAUUGACGCAACGCUUUACCGUUUGUGCGUACGCUGUGUUACUCGACGUUGCCCCGAGCCAUUUGACGCAACGUAACAUCGUUUGUGUACUUUAUUGCAAAUGAGUGCCAAGCUAUUCGCAAUUGAGCUAGUCCAUUUCACAAUUUCAUUUUCCAACUCGACAUGGGCAACUAGACCGUUUAUCAUUUGGCUAAGCUAUCCAUGUUUAGGGUGUUCUGUUUCACGAAGGAAAACUAAACCGUCUAUAAUUUGGCCAUGCCAUUCCUUUAUUAGUUAUUCAAUCCUGCAGCUGAUCUUUAUACCAGCUUUGUAUUUGCUGAUCUAUUUGACAUCCUCGAAUUUUUGGUGGUGACAGAUGCCCAUAAUAUCCGAACCGCAGACAGUUCGGCUUCAGUUCUCGCGCGGUCAUUCGAAGUAAACAUGGCGAUGGGGAAGAGCAGUGUCGAUCAGUUUUUUGAUGACAAAGUCGAACAGGAAAAAGAAUCAGAAACCUUGCAAAGAGCAGUACAAGUAAAUGGUCGUUAUGUUGAUCCUUGGGGUACCGCUCAUAUGCCAUCAUUGUUUGAGGUUCUUAGGUGGAAGAUGACUGAGAAAAAUGAACGAGGAGUUCGUGGAAACUGGAAGGAACUGUUUCGUUUCAACACUGAGGAGCUGGAGCAAAACCUUCCUGUCCUGACCCUCGACAGUACAGUUUUAUCAUCACCUCCUUCAGAUAAUAUUCAAGUGACGUGGCUUGGGCAUGCCAGUGUUCUUGUUCAAAUGGAUGGUUUUAAUAUUUUAGCUGACCCCAUUCUCAACAGCUACUGUGGACCCACACAAUUAUUCAGCAUGACACGCUAUAGACCUGCUCCCUGUACUGUAAAUGAACUACCUAGAAUCGACGCAGUAUGCAUCAGUCAUGACCACUACGACCAUCUUGAUGUAAAAACUGUCAAAGAACUUCAUCAGAGGUUUGGAGAUCAGCUUAAGUGGUAUGUUCCUAAUGGGCUAAAAUCAUGGAUGGCAAGCAGCGGCUGUAAAAAUGCUGUAGAACUUGAAUGGUGGGAAGAGGCAGAGCUUUCAAAGAAAACUGAUGCAGAAAUUCAAAGCCACAGCACUGUUAAGUUUGUCUUCACACCAACGCAACAUUGGUGUCGUCGCUCAGCCACAGAUAAAAACCAGGUGUUGUGGGGAAGUUGGACUAUCCUAGGGCCUAAGCACAGAUUCUUCUUUGCUGGUGAUACUGGUUACUGCAAAGGAUUCAAGCAGAUUGGAAAACGCUUUGGACCAUUUGAUUUUGCAGCAAUACCAAUUGGUGCCUACAAGCCAAGAUGGUUUGCACAAUUUGCACAUGUUGAUCCAAAAGAAGCUGUUUGUAUUCAUGAAGAUGUUCAAUCUCACUGUUCCUUAGGAAUUCAUUGGGGAACAUUUCCCACCGGAAAAGAGCAUUAUAUGGAUCCACCUAAAGAUCUUAGUGAAGCACUCAAGGAAAAAGAAAUACCAGAAGACAGCUUCUUUACCAUGAAACAUGGAGAAACCAGAGUCAUAAAAUGAAAAAAUGACAACCACAAUUGAAAAGGGUACUGGGAAAUUUCUGCUUAAAACUGGAGGAUUGAAAUCUUCAGUAAAGACCCAGUCUAAACAAAAUUGCUUACAGAAUAAAUUUUGAUAUUCAUGAUGAAUUUUGGGGUCAUAAUAAUUUUAAAUAAGUUAACUCUGCCUUUUCCUUUGUUCCAGAUUUUUUUAGUUCAUUGAAUUUAUUUUUAUUUUCCAUCACAUAUAAAAUAACAACAAUUUACAACAACUGGCUCCAAAAAAAAAAAAAAAGAGAAGUUAAUUUAACUUUGUUCCAGUUAAAGUACCAUGGCCAUAUUGUAAACAAAGGAAAUACAAAACUAGCUAAUUUUAAAUUACUUUGACCCAAUGUCCUAAGGCUUUUAAACUACAACAAAAUAAACAUAUUGCUUAACUGUAAUUUUUAUCAUUAUUAUUUUGGCAUCUUAA